AUGCAAGAAAGUAGCAACAUAGCUGGCUCUCAUAAGAAUUAAUCUUUAGAUAUUAGACAGGUGUAAUAGAUGAUGUAAGAAAAAUAAAGGACAUAUUCUAAAUGCUUGAUCGAUUUCUUCAAUAACAAGAUCCAAUACUUUAAAGAGCUAAAAGAUAAUAAAUAAAUAAAUUUAAUUGAAGCUAUAGUAUUGCAGUCUAGUCUUAUUACAUAUCAGAAAAAAGACAAAAUUUAUAGUUAUGGUUAAGAGCCUGAUGGGUUUUACAUGAUAGUUGAGGGUAAAGUUUCAGUACAAUCUCCAAAUUUAAAUUUUGCUCAAGUUUAAGACGAAUCACUUCCAUUUUAAGAAACAAUCUAGCUUUCUAAUGGCUCACAUUUUGGAGAUUAUGAAAUAAAUUAAUAAAAAUUAAGAGUUCACCAAAUAAUUUGCCUAUCUAAGGUCUUAGUAGUUCUUUUUUUAGAUAAAAAGCAAUUUGUCUCAAUUUUAUAGUUAAUCAAGAAUCAAUAUGUAUUUAGGGAAGGAGAAAAGAGUGAUGGUAUUUACUUGAUCAUAAGUGGUGAUUUUUGUGUAUGUAAAGACAAAAUUGUUUAAUCUCCUCAUAAUUCUUCUGUUUUGGUUUGCAAAACAUUCUAGUUACUUCGCUUAAAAGCUGGAUAAAUGUUUGGGGAAGAGGAUACUUUUGAAUAACAAAACAGAUCAUAUGAUGUACAGUGCUUAUCGUAGCAGGGUACUCUUUGGAUUAUUUCAUCAGAAGUGUAUAAAAACAGUUUACUUCAAAAUGGAGACAUAAUCAGAUAUUUAUAUUAAACUGUAGGAUAAAAAUUAAUUUAUUAUGAAGGUAAAUUAAGAGAUUUAAUGGAAAAGUAUGUUAGCUAGUGUAGCUAAAUCUAAACUUACAAAACUCCAGAAAAAAAAGAAUAAAUUCUAUCAGACAGAAAAAUUAAAACGGAAGAGUCAAAUCAUUUUAAGGCUAACUUACCAAUUAAUAAUUUGCAAGAAAAAAAAAUUAACAUUAAAGCUAAAAAUUUAUUUGAAAAUAACAUAGAAGAUACUGUUAAAAAGAUUAUCAAUUCAAAAAAUUUGGAAUUUUCAACCACUAAAAUAACUAAAAGACCUUCUCCUGACCUUUCGUUAUUAAAGAAAAAUAAAAAUAAAUAGUCUCCACCAUAAAUAUCUGGCUUAAAUAAUUACAACUAUUCUGACGGUAAAAGUUUUUAAAAAAGAUUCUCUUUUGGAUCUUAAGAAGGUGAUCAAGGUAUUUUUGCUACAGAGGAAGAAGAAAUAAUUGAAAAAAAUUUAAAAUACUAACUUAAUAAAGCAUUUCAAAUUCUAAAUAAUUCAGGAUAAAGAAAAACUCAUAAAUGUAACUUGAAAAGUGAAUCUUCUAAUAAAAAAUAUAAUAAAUAAAAAGCUAUUUUAUCAAUUACAACAUUUAAUGAUUUAAAUUCUAGAAUGAGUUUAUUUUAAACUAAACCUGAAGAUGAAACUGCUUAAAAUAAUAAAAAUGAAAUAGUUUCGCUUGCAAAUAUAUAGUCAGAUUCAGACGAAGAGGAUAACAAUGAAUAAAUAAAUUAGAUUGACUAUUUAGAUAAUACUUUAUAAAAUGAAUUAAAUACUGAAUAAUUUAAAAUUUAAAUUUUGGAUAAAUUAGGAAACGAAAAUAAAAAUUUUUCAAAAGUAAAACAAAAUACUAAAAGGGAUACAUUAAUUUAAAAUUAAAAAUAUUAAGCAAACACAGAAGAUAAAAUGUUAAAUUUAGGGAAUGAAAAUAACCAUUUAAUAUAAAAUAAUUAAAAUGUUUAACAAGAUAGAUAAACACACAAAGAAAAAAUAUAAUUAAAUAGAAAGUCUAAAUAAAAAACAGAAGGUAAUCAAACAGAUAAAAAUUAAAAAAAUGAAGAAUAUAAAAAUAUAAUUGAAGAAAUUGCUAAGUAAUUAAAGCUAGAAACUGCAACAGUUCAAGAAGAGAGCAAUAAAUACUAACUACCUUAUAUUGCUCCUCUAAAAUUUUAUAAUUUAAUCUAAAAUGACAGAGCUAAAAAGUUAGUUUAAAAAAGUGCUAACACAUCUUAUCAGAAUAGUAGUAGAAAUUCUUAAGAAAGGAAUUUUGUUAAUAGCUUACACCAAUCUCCUGAGAGAAGUAAGCUUAAUAAACUAAGUGAUUAUUCAUAAAUUCGCUCUUAAGAAAGAGCAUGUAAAAGGAAAGAAGAUGAACAAUAAACAAAAAUGUAUGAUUCAAUUUAUAACAAUGAUAAGCUAAAAAAAAUAAUACUUCAUAACUACAUUAGUAAUACAUAGUAGGGAUAGUAUAACGAAAAACAAAAUAAUUAAAAGGGGAAUUUUCAUGAUCUUGUUGACUCUUAAUAAAAUUAGUUUGAUAAUAAUCAAAAAUAAUAAAUGGUUUAUUUAAAUAAUAUUUACAAUCGAAUAAAAGGCACAUCAAAUUAAGAAAUUUAGUCGAUGCUUACCAAAACAACAGACUUUUAUAAAAUGCAAACUAAUCGAAGCACUACUGUUCAAAAUACUGAGAGAACUAACAAUCAUCUUUCAAUUAAUAAUACUAAUUACUCUAAAAAAAAUUAAAGUACAAAUAAUUCUCCUCAUUUUCAAAUUUCAGCAUUCGAUUAGACAAUUAAUGCUUAAAUCAAUUUAGAAAGUGUCUGUUAGAAAAACAUUCAAAAAAAGCUGUAAAAAAUAACAGGUAAGCUAAAUUAAACUUAAACAAAAGUAUUGUAUAUAAAACAUCCAAAUUCAUUUUAUAUCCAUUGA